CUGGGUAUGUACCUUGUGUUGUUUUCCAAAGCUGAAACUCCGGUCCCACCUCUAUUGCAUUCCAGGAACUAACCUGGAGAGUUAGUACAGACCAGGGACCCUGCCAUCCUUCUUGGAAGAGUUGUAAUACACAAGCUUUCCUAAUGCUCCUGUUCCUGAUAAUUAUGAGGAGCCCUUCACUCCUCCUCGUGGUGGGACCUCCCCUGACGUCCAGCCAUGCGGAUCCUCCAGCUGCUCUUUGCAGUCGUUAUCAUUCUCCUCCUCCAGGAUGCUCCGGCAAGUGGCCUGUCGGACAGCCAGCAGUGCAGAAGCAACCACGGCCGCUGCCGGAGGCUUUGCUUCCACACAGAGCGCUGGGAAGGGACCUGCGGAAAUGGCCACGUGCGUUGCUGCCGAUGAGAACAACCAUGCUGUGAUGGACCCUGGCACACCAAGGUGAUCCUGAAACCACAGCUGUACAUAGGACCUGCUCCGUGCCUACACCUGCAGCUCAGUUUGUUCAUCACCAAUAAAGCUGUUGGGUUUUGAAGUACUGC